CCACUUUUCGUUUGAAUCGUUUCAGACUUGGAAAAGUGCACAAACACGCAAACGACCAUCACUAUGGCAUCCAUGAGUAGCGACGGCAGCGGCGCCGGCGGAGGCGAGAUCCUCGCGCUGGGAGAGCUACUGAGCGACUUCGAGGUGAAGCAGCGUGGGCUGCUGCUCAUGGCCAUCGACAAGGCCGUGGACAAGGCCAUGAAGAAACAGGGCGAGAUGCUCGACGUCAUCAAAGCUCAAGUGGAGACGCACCAUCGUCAGGCUGUGGACAAAAUCCGCGACGAAGUGGCGCGCACACAGCCGUCGCUUCUGGAAAGCGUCAUCAGUAAGACGCUGAGCGUCGAGAGCAACGCGGGGCUGGCCCAAUGGAUCAACGAUGAGGCCAAGAAGAGCCAAGCGCUCGAGUAUAUUUCCAAGCUACGUAACCAUCUGCAGGUGGGGCAGGGCAACGCCUUCCGCAGCGACUUUGAAGCUCUACUUGUGGUCUAUAUGGAGUUCCUUAAGGUACCGAUGGUUCGCGGUUCGCGACUCAAUAAUCGUAUCGAAGACUUCCACGAAGCACUAUACCAAAAAGCUGACUUUAACGACGACCUAGUUAAUCUCGUCUACCGCGUACGCUGGGGCUGUCAAGGUGUGCGUUCCAUCGGUAAUGCGCGCUCGCAUGACGCUACGCCACUCUCGGAGAGCGAAAUCCUCGAGCUUUGCGGCUGUUUUAGUGCUAUUGGCGCGGCGAUGCCAACACUGGCGCUUGAGUUUGAAGCUUGCAAGCCCAAGACGUCACCUUCGUCGCCUUCACUAACUAGUGACAGCAACUUAUCUCUGAAUGGUAAUUCGGGCGUAGAUAUGGCCAUGCUGCAGCAACUACGUCAAGCAGCAGGCGGCAAUGGCAACGACCAGACGCCGUUCGACUUCAUUAUCCAGCUAAUGGCCAACAAUGGUAUCAGCGUCAACUCGAGUAUGCAAUCGCCUUCACUUUUCCAAGACAGCAACCAAAGUUCUAAUCGAAGCACGACACUACCGCCAGGCUUUAGUAAUGGCACUCUAUCUGGUCUAUCGUCCAGUCAAGGUCUAUCUGUUCAAGCGCCUCCGUUACCGCCUGGACCACCAGGUUUAAGUGGCUUGGACUUGAGCAGUUUGAACGGAUUAAACGGCAGUUCAACGCAAGCGCCAUCUUUAUCGCGUCUAGGCUCGAUUGGUAGCACUACCAGCAAUUCAAGUCGUGAUGCUCCUCCGCUUCCUCCAGGAUACAGUGACAAUUCCAGUAAUGUGUGGUCGCAACCUCCACUCCCUCCUGGCUCUAACAGUCCGCAGAAGUCGGCAUUGCAGCCUCCACUGCCUCCUGGACCUGAGAGUCCGUUGCAGAUAUCGCUGAGAGCUGAAAGUCCACUCAAGAGUUCGUUGCAGCCGCUACUACCGCCUAGUGCUGAGAGUCCGCAGACGAGAUCGUUGCAGCCAUCAUCGGGUUUCGCUAUGAAACAAGCCGAUGUGCCAACGCAGGCGAUCUUGGCAUUAGUCCCGACGUUUACCUGGUAUCACGAUAAACCGACGGAGCUGCCCAAGGAAAGCGACCGUGUCCGUAAGGCCAUGUUCGCACGUAUGCUUAAUCAUAUGGAUGAAUUGCCCAAGGCGACGCUGUGUCCGCUACUACCGGGUCACGAUCCGACGUGUCCGUUGUCACACACGUACAUGGAGGUCAUGACGUACAAUCCGCUCUACAAGCGCUUGAUCUGUCGUCAACCUUCUCAUUACUGGGGCAGCCAAAUCAAGGAAGACGAUAGCUGUGUGUGCGUGCACGUGGAUACUGGAGUCACGUGGGAGUGGAUGGAUGAAAGCAAGCGUUUGUACUGUCUCCGUGGAGCCAAGUGCACCAACAUCAAGUGCCUCAAGUCGCACUCGUUUGAAGAAAUGUGCUGGUACAACCCAUCCUACAAGAUUAAGCGUUGUACCGUGCGUGCUCACGACCACAUCGCUCGUGCGCGUGGAACGAUCGCACCGCCUCUGGACUGCAGCUAUUACCAUAUCGAAGAAGGCAAGAACGCCGACAAGCGUGAGUUCACGGCCGAGUACGACCACGUCGGCAUGGACGUCAAGAUGCUGUUCAUUGAGCGCUCGCACAAGCCGCUCGCUGACAGACUCGAGGCGCUUCGCUACGCGCGUGCCAAUAACCUCUGAGCCGGGACUUCUUGGUGAGCUGGCCGCCUUGCAUUUUUUUUUCCCUUUUCAGUUUUGUAGUUUGGCGUUGUGCCAAGCUCGUGCAUGUUAAUUCGCUUAGCUUCGAUCACGUGGCGAUUAACUCAAGAACGUCUCGGGGCCGAGGAUAAUAGCCAUCAACUAGCAAUCUUAAGCAAAACAAUACUACACGUUUUCAUGUUUGCGACUU